CGACCGGCCUGUCGUGGUGCACCGGCCUUGCUGCGCCUUCGUCGCGCCCUUCCUCGUCCGCUUGCCACCGACCACCGACCAUCAGCCUCCUUGGACCACCGACCACAGGCGCGCAGCCGCACGACGCAACGUAGGUACCUUCAAGCAAUGGCGAGGUUCAAGAAUCUACCGCCCGAGGUCGCCUCGUCGUACGCGCUCGCCGGUCGUCGCCGCUUGGCCAAAGCUCCGAGGGCCUCCGAAGCAGUAGCGUCGCAGGCGUCGUCGGCAUCCUGGCGUGGCGUAGAAGACGGGAUGACGCGGCGGCGCCAAGAGCCGGCGACCGGCGCUUCCUUCCACCAGCUGGCACCACAUGUCCCAGCCUUCUCCUCUCUGAAUCUAUCUUUACUACCCAGCUUGUAACUCGCACUUUGUAUCAGCAGCGACCUUGCAUCACGUCAUGCUCGAGGACAUCCACGUCGGCAGCCUGCACGUGGGCUUGGUACGCCGGCCCAAGCGACCGUCGCUGGCGCACAUGACGUCGCUGCCGGGCCCACCGCCGGACGCGCCCGAGCUGCGGCAGACGCGGUCCGAGCCUGGCAGCGGCGGCCUCCCAUUAGAGAAGGUCCCGCUGCACAAGGACGUCGACAGGAUACAACAGGACGCGCCGCCGCAUGUGGCCGUCAAGUACGGCGACACGAUUCGGCUGCGCACCAAGCUGCAAGGCACGACCGAGCUCGCGAGCGUGGGCACCUACGACCUCGCCGCGAGCUUCUUCCAGCUGCGCGGCAACCUCACGACGCACAAGUGCCACGACCUCGCGUGCAUUGCGCCUCUGACCGAGCCCGGCUUUCACCAGUCGUACUUUCGCAUCGUGCCCGAGUGCUACUAUGGCCACCUCAAGGUCGGCAGCCCCGUCUCGUAUGGCGACGUCGUCUGCCUCGUCGACGCCGCCGACCACAUCUGGAACAACAAGGUCGGGACCGCCUUCAACGGGUACUUUGGUCCAUGCUCCAAGGACACGAACCUCUCGGGCACCAUGUCGGUGGCGUUUCUCUUGCCGACGUCCGAAGACGAGAACGACACGGUGCCAUGCUUCCAAGAGCACCGCAUCAUGUACUAUGGCGACAAUAAUGUUGUCAUCCAAGUCGUCGACUCGAACCGCCUCCGCCUCGGCUUCAACCGGCUCGUGACCACGUACCGCAAGAAGAAUGCGCCCAUGACCUUUGGUGGUUUCCUGCGCUGCGAUGGCCGCGGUGCCCUCCUCCGCUUGGAGAUCCACGGCGUACCGCCGCCCAAGAUCCUCACGGUCGACGUCGUCGACGGCAACACAACGACGCCGAUCGCCGCCGACAUUGACGACAUGCUCUCGGCCAGCAUGACCAUUGUUGGGCCGCCGUCUGCGACCGUUGAGAUUGUGUUUACAGACCAAGGCCGCGCCCACGUCGCACUGCACGAGCUCGAGCGCAGCAUGAACCAGCCGUUCUACGCGGUGGUCGAGCACGGCCAGCGACCCGUGCGCCUCCAGCUCGUCGCCUUGCGCAAAACCACCAGCGGGUCCUGCGUCCCUUGCACCACGCAGCGCGGUAUCUCGCCGCUGACCGCCAUGGCCCUCGGCUACCUCGCGCUGGUCGGCCACGCCUACCUCAAAGGCGCGAUCCUUGUCACGUCUCUCUACGGUGCGCUCGUGCUCGGGGCGCUGCCCUGCCUUGUCGUGAUCAAGGUCUGCUACCUCGAGCGCCUCUACGCGCCGCUGCUCGGCUCUAAGACGACGCCAACGUUGACGUUUGAGCUCUCGGUGCUCGCGUGGGAAGCGUCACAGACCGAGCGCCUCGCCAAGGCCUGUGACGACGCGUCGUCACCCUGUGACGCGGUGCCCCGGCGGUUCCUUGUGGCCGAGAACGGUGAUGCAGCGAAGGCAGCGACCCGGUACACUGACACGUUGGCGUGGCGGGCUAAGAACGACAUCGAGUCGCUACUGAGCACGCCGCAGCCGCUGUACCACACGAUCCGCCGGUUCUACAAGCAAGGCGUCCACAAGGUCGAUAAAGUCGGGCACCCGGUGUUCAUCGAGAAGAUGGGGUCGAUCGACAUGAAGGGGCUCCAGGCCGCGGGCGUGACGCUGCCGGACCUCUUCCGACACUACCUCUUCAACAUGGAGUACAUUCUCCGGUUUGUGAUCCCGUCGCCGUGCUCGUGUAUGUCGUGCCGCGACAGCCACACGUGCAAGAUGCUCAUCGUGCUCGACGCGCGGGGUCUUGGCAUGCGCGAUUUGGCCGGCGAGUCGCUCGAGUUUGUGAAAAGCUGCACGAGUGCGAUGCAGAAGCACUACCCGCAGCAGUCGUUCAAAAUCUUCCUUAUCAACGUCCCGUCGUGGUUUGGCAUGAUCUGGAAGUGUAUCAAGCCGCUGUUGCACGAAGCGACGCGCGCCAAGACGUUCAUUUUGAGCGAGGCCGAGACAGCGUCGACGCUGCUCCAGUACAUUGACGCCGAGUCGCUCCCUGUCGAGUACGGCGGCACCUGUAGUUGCGACGGCGGCUGCCUGGAACAGUCGGCCUUCCAUGCGCGGCAGAUCGCGUUUGUCGACGGCCAUGGCGUCGACCCGGACCACCACGUCGACCACGACGGUCUGCAGCACCUUGUCAUUGAUGAGCUGUCGGACGAAGACAGCGAGUCGUCGGCAUCGUCGGUGGACGAAAGCCCGACCAAGAAGACACUUGGGAAAAUCAUGCGCCGGAAAAAGACCAAAGCCGUCGCGGCCUUGCGCAACGUCGCCAAGCAAGAGUACCUUCUCAUGCGUCUCGUCAAGCACAAGCCGUUUGUGAAUCCGAUCGGCCUGCGUCGGCUCGUGUCCCUCACAGACCGCGAACUGUGCAUUCAAAAGUCACCGAAAGACGCACCGGUCAAGUACCUCUUGACCAAGUCGACGCUCGUGCGGCCGUACCAUAAACCCAACUGCUUCGAGGUCGUCUUGGACAACAACCUCUCGAUGCUCCUCUUCACCGAGAACGUCCAAGCCCUCGACAGCUGGAUCCAGGCAGUCGCCCACGCCAUUCACGAAGCAUCCUCGUCCUCGGAAGCCACGUCGACUUGAUCAUGAUAAAAGUAUUUGCAUUGACCUUGAGCAUUGCUACAAGCUGGAGGUGGUCCAAGACCAUCGAACAUCCUUGAUCAUGAUCCUAAGCAUUAGCAGGCCAGAGGGCCGCUUGGAAGGCGCCUGGAAGUCAAGGAUCCAUAGAGUUUCGAGUCCAGAAGUGGUGGCUGAAGUGGGUCGUCUAUUGAAGUAGAUACCUAACUCUACGCUACAUAAAAUUGUCG